AUGUUGAGCCUGCCGCCCAGUUCCUCUAGGCACAGGAGCAAGACAGACUUAACACCUGCCCUGAAUCCCCCUCCUCAAAGCAGGCCACCCACUGCCCAGGCUGAGCUUCCUCAGUCAUCUUCCAGCUCACCAGCCAAGCUGUUUCAGUUUGCUGCAUGCCCUCCUGCUGUUAAACCAGACGUGACUCCAAGUUCAACUCCUGAGCCUCAGACACGGCCAGAAACCAGAAGUCCGCUGUCUCUCCCCUUGCUUUCCUCACCAUCUGGUGCUCGCACUGGACCUGUGAAGACAGGUAGGAGGGUGUUUGUGUUGGACCACAAGCGCUGGCCAACCCCUAUGAAAAAGGCUAUUGACGACCUGCUUAAUAAACACCGUGGCCAGAAGGACGUGCUCAAGCUUGUAGACCAGGACUAUGCUGGUCUAGUUCACAACUCCUGUAAAGACCCAAACAGCAUGCUCCACCCAACAGCCAAACUACAUAUUGCACAGUAUUUAAAGCACCUCAGCAAACUGUUAAACACCAGCUCCUCUUUAAACACCAGCCCGGAAAAACUGCAAGAGAGGCAGGAACUCUUGCACUCUCUGACCAAGGGGAGUACGACUACCAGUGUCUAUUGAGAAAAUAGUUAAAAACAUAAUGGACAAGCAGCAGCAACAACAGCCGGAACAAAAAAAGGCACAGACAAAAACGUGUCUUUCCUGUGGCCAGCCAAAGUCGAAGUAUGAGAAUGAUGGUUCUUCCAUCCACUUCUUUUACCAGCAAGGCCCUGUCAGGUAUUUCUACUGCUCCACUAAGGUUUUUAAAGCCUAUGGUGCUGAAGGUCUGACAAACCCAAAAAUACCCUUUAAUGACUCUGC